CUAUAUAUAUAAAAGGUGGGGAAUCUUCGGCGAGGCAGAAAGGUUGAAAAAGAGUUCCUUCUUGGUCCCACCGAGCAACUAACAAAACCCGGAAGAAAGUAUUGGUCUGUUACAUUACUUGCUUCCUCUCUUCUUCUUCCUCUCUUCUUCUUCUUCUUCUUCUUGUCAUGGCUGCUGCGUCUAAUCUCUCCACUCUCUCCUCCUCUUCCCUCUCCAAACCCUCGUCCUCUUUCCCUUUCCGCAACACACCAACAAACAACAACGCUUCUUUUCUCCACAACAAAUCCCUUCCAAACCAAAACUCUCUCUCUCACAAACUCUCUUCCCCUCUGCCUCUCGCAUGCAACCCAAAAAACCAAAACACUUGUGUCUUCUUCGACGACGAAGACCAAAAGCCCCGUGAAGAGUGCGGCGUGGUGGGCAUCUACGGCGACCCGGAAGCCUCCCGUCUCUGCUCCCUGGCCCUCCACGCCCUCCAGCACCGCGGCCAAGAAGGUGCCGGCAUCGUAGCCGUCCACGACAACCACCUCCAAUCCGUCACCGGCGUCGGCCUCGUCUCCGACGUCUUCGACGAGUCCAAGCUCUCCCGCCUCCCCGGCACCUCGGCCAUUGGCCACGUCCGCUACUCCACCGCCGGCCAAUCCAUGCUCAAAAACGUCCAACCCUUCCUGGCCGACUACCGCUUCGGCUCCGUCGCCGUCGCUCACAACGGCAACUUCGUCAACUACCGCUCCCUCCGAGCCAGACUCGAACACAACAACGGCUCCAUCUUCAACACCACCUCCGACACCGAGGUUGUCCUCCACCUCAUCGCCACUUCAAAACACAGGCCAUUCCUCCUCAGAAUCGUGGACGCCUGCGAGCAUCUCCAAGGCGCCUACUCCCUCGUAUUCGUCACGGAGGACAAGCUCGUCGCCGUCAGAGACCCCUUCGGGUUCCGACCCUUGGUGAUGGGUAGGAGAACCAACGGCGCUGUAGUUUUGGCCUCCGAGACAUGCGCGCUUGAUUUAAUCGAAGCCACGUACGAGAGAGAGGUGUACCCGGGUGAAGUUAUCGUGGUGGACCACACUGGAAUCCAAUCCCUCUGCCUCGUGUCUCAUCCUGAGCCAAAACAAUGCAUCUUCGAGCACAUAUACUUCGCGCUUCCUAACUCUGUUGUUUUCGGGAGGUCCGUGUACGAGUCUAGAAAAAAAUUCGGAGAAAUACUAGCCUCUGAGAGUCCCGUUGAGUGUGACGUUGUGAUCGCGGUUCCUGAUUCUGGCGUUGUGGCUGCGCUUGGUUAUGCUGCAAAAGCUGGGGUACCCUUUCAGCAGGGGUUGAUUAGGUCCCACUAUGUAGGGAGGACUUUCAUCGAGCCUUCGCAGAAAAUUAGGGAUUUUGGAGUGAAGCUUAAACUGUCUCCGGUUCAUGCUGUGCUUGAAGGGAAGAGGGUUGUGGUUGUGGAUGAUUCCAUCGUGAGAGGCACCACGUCGUCCAAGAUUGUGAGGCUCUUGAAGGAGGCCGGUGCCAAGGAAGUUCACAUGAGGAUUGCAUGUCCUCCUAUUGUUGCUUCGUGUUAUUAUGGAGUUGACACACCCAGUUCAGAGGAGUUGAUAUCCAACCGGAUGAGUGUGGAGGAGAUAAGGAAGUUUAUUGGGUCGGAUUCGCUGGCUUUUCUUCCCUUGGAUAAGUUGAAGACAUUGUUAGGGGAUGAUGCUCUUAACUACUGCUAUGCUUGCUUCUCUGGGAAGUACCCUGUUGAGCCUGAGGAACUUCAAAUGAAGAGGCUUGGUGUUGCUCACUUCAAUUGGGACGACGACUUCAAUGGGAAUUUCGAAUCUAUUGAUGUGGGGGGUUGGGUUACAAAUCAAGAUGGGUUUAAGAUUGGUAGUGUCUAAGAAUGCUUUUGUACUUAGAUAACUGGCCAAUCAAAAUAUUGGGUAAAUAAAUGUCAAACUAUCCAUACAACUAAUUAUACAAUAAAAUAGUUCGCAUUCUAUUUCGGAA